AUGAAUGAUUACUCUGAGAACAAAACUGAAACUCUGGUUCAAUGUCCACAUGAAAAUUCACAAGAAGCCACGGACAACACGGCCCUCCUCAAUGACACGCGGGCCCUCGGGUUUAGCUCUACUUUUGAAAUUCUUGAUAAUUUUAAUAAUUUUGAUGAUCCAGACGGCUCUGAAAAUAACUGGCGAUUCACUUAUGAGGAAUAUGAAAAACAUACUCCCUCAAGAGCUGCAGGGAUGUUAGUCGAUGAAGAAAAUUUUAGACGUGCGAGGGGGCUAAGAUUCAUAAUGGAAAUAGCGGCGGAUCUCAAAUUACCACAAUUAACAAUAGCAACAGCAAUAACUUAUUUACAUCGGUUUUAUAUGCGUCGAACCCUCUAUCUUGAUCAUCAUUUCGACGUUGGUGGUGCAUGCGUCUUGCUCGCAUGCAAGACUGAAGAAUCAAUAAGAAAAGUUCGAGAAAUAGCUAUUUCGUGUGCGAAAAGCGCCACGAAAAAUAGGCGUUUAACGGACGAGGGUGAAUUUGAGAAAUGGGGUCAUACUAUUACUAAGAAAGAAGUUCUUGUCUCCACAGUCUUAUGCUUCAAUUAUAAUAUACUCCAUCCUUAUGUUCCAAUGGUGGAAAAAUUAGAAUCUUUUAAAGAAUUUGGGAUGGAUGAGGAUGAUUUAAAUAAAUUGAAGGAUGCCAUAGACCGAGUCUUAACUUGUUACCCAUUUACUAAACCAUUACUUGUAAGAUCAAAUAAUCCGAAUAAUCCCCUAGACGGGGCAAAAAUAAUAACAAGACAGGAGCCUAAGUUUAAGUCAUCAAGAUCAAACGGAGGAAAAAUUUCUAUACAAAAAGCGAGCGAUCUCAAAAAGAUUUUCGAAAAUAUAGAGGAUCCACUUGCGACGCAUAAAACAGAAAAAACCAAAUCAGCAGUGAAAUCUGAAAAUAAAGAGAGUGAUGAGAUAGAAGAUGGACAAAUUAUGGAGACGGUGGUGAAGUGUGAUAAUAAUGGAAAACGUAAAGUGGAGGAAGUGGAAGAAUCAGUAAUAGACAAUAAUAAAAAAAAACAAAAAUUGGAUAAGACGGAAGGAGGGGCUGAAAUUCCGGAAGAAUUAACGUCAGAGCGAACAAUAAAUUCAUAA